AGUCACGUGAGCCGUAAAUUUCAUGAAGGAUAUGCAAAGGAGGAAGAGAUGAUCUUCCAAAAUACGGCGGCCUUCGCGCUAGACGAUGUCUAUACCAACAUUGCAUUGAUCAACGAGUUAGGGCAUUACACCAAGACAUACUAAAGAUGUCGUCUGCAGGAGAGGCGACGCGAUAUGUCGCCCAAACCUCCCCCGACCUCGGGGACGAAAUGGCAAAUAUGGGCCCGAUAAUAACUGCUCUGAAAGAGGGCAACGUUAUGACUCGAUAUUAUAGCAAACGAGCUCCUGAAAUAAGAAUCUUUAGCUUGAAGUUGGAGGAAUUCCAGGUGAUUUGGUCUAGGACUGGUGGAGGAAAGGAAGCGAGUAGAGUGGAGGGAUGCGUGAAAAUCAGAGAAAUUUCCGAAGUUCGACGUGGUCAGGGUUCCAAGGAUUUUGAGAAAAAUCCCGAUUUGGCGAGGAAACUUGACCCAAACUGCUGUUUUGUGGUAUUUUUUGGAAACCAAUUCAAACUGAAAACACUUAGUGUUGCUGCUCGCAGCUAUAGAGAAAGAGAAUUCUGGGUGAAUGGUUUGGUAUUUCUUAUGUACGAAAGCCUAAUGUCAACACAGCCAGUCCUAUCAUACAGAUGGUUGCUCAGGGAGUGGAACACACUGACCUCUGGUUCAGCAAAGAAGAAGAUUGGAAUGAAGGAGGUCAAGGCAUUUUUCCAAAAAUCAAAUGUGAAAGUCAGCAAUGCAAGAAUCAAAGAACUUCUGCAGAUGGCAGAUAGAAGUAACAACGGGAUGGUAGAUUUUGAAGGUUUCAAAAGAAUCUAUGAAGAAACAAUGUGCUUGAAAGAGCUUAUCCAAAAAUUUGGGGAUUAUAUAGAAAAUGGAACAUAUGUGCCUCUUCUGAAGUUCCAGAAAUUUCUUUUAGAAGAACAACAGGAAGCUGGUGCACAGGAUAUAAAUUCAGUCCGUGAAUACAUGCUUGAAUAUCUAUCAGACAAUAGCCGCAGCUACUCAGACCCAUACUACACUGUAGCAGAGUUUUUAGAUUUUUUAGUGUCCAAAGGCAAUAGUGGUUUUAAUUCAGCACACUGCACUGUCUAUCAAGACAUGACAAAACCCUUGAAUAGCUACUGGAUCUCAUCUUCCCAUAACACGUAUUUAACAGGCGACCAGUUUCAAGGUGAAUCAUCUGUUGAGGCUUAUGUCAGGUGCCUGAGAAUGGGCUGUAGGUGCCUGGAAUUGGACUGUUGGGACGGGCCUGAUGGGCAGCCUAUAAUAACUCACGGCCACACACUAGUUUCCAAGAUCAAGUUCCUUGAUGUUGUCAGACAGAUAAAGGAAAACGCCUUUGUGGCCUCAGACUUCCCUCUCAUCCUUUCAUUAGAAAACCACUGUACAAUUAGUCAGCAGAAAUUCAUGGCACAAACCUUCAAAGAUGUGUUUGGUGAAUUGCUGUUAUCACAACCCAUUGAUAGCGGGAAGGAGCUCCCAUCGCCAGAAGUACUCAAACGCAAAAUUAUCCUGAAGCACAAAAAACUUCCCAAGGAUCCAAGCCAAGUUGUUGCUGUCACAACAGACACAAGCGAGUCAUUAUCAGAGGACGAUCUGAGUCACUCAUUCAAUGGAAACCUACUUCUGGAGGACGAAAUUGAUCAUAGCUGGAAGAAACAUUUCUUCUGUCUGACUGUCAAUAACAAGCUCUUCUGGACAGAAGAGCAGACGAACCAGGAGGAUGACGAUGAGGAUGAGGGCUUUCUUGAUGGAGUUGGUGUUGGUGAGUCGAGUAAGGAUGAGCUUCACUAUGGCGAAAAGUGGUUCCACGGCAAGUUGCCUGAUGGUCGCCGUGUAGCAGAGCAGUACCUGAACCAGUUUAACCGUGGAGAUGGCUCUUUCCUUGUCAGGGAAAGCACGACGUUUGUAGGCGACUUCUCACUUUCGUUCUGGCGGAAAGGCAAGGUGCAGCACUGUCGCAUCCGGUCGAAGCAGGAGAAUGGCCAGACAAAGUAUUAUCUGGUGGAUCAGGUGACAUUUGACAGCUUGUACAGCCUGGUGAACUACUACACCUCACACAGCAUGAAGAGCAACAACUUUGAGCUGACGCUAUCAGAAGCCAUACCACAGCCCAACGCUCAUCUGGAUAAAGACUGGUACCAUGACAACCUGACUCGAAGUGCGGCUGAAGACAUGCUCAAGAGAGUACGUAAGGAUGGAGCGUUUUUAGUGCGCAGGCGCGAACGAGACGACAGAACGGGGGAGGAGUCGUAUGCGAUUUCAUUCAGGGCAGAGAAGAAGAUUAAACACUGCAAGCUACGGCGCGAGGGACGCCUGUUCUCUAUCGGAACAGCACAGUUCGAGAGUCUUGUGGAGCUGGUCGAGUUCUACAUGAAGCACCCGCUCUACAAGGGCAUGAAACUCAAGUAUGCCAUCAACGAGAAUGUUCUCUCCAAAGUCGGACAGACGCCUGAAGAUGAUGCCAUAUAUGGUACAGGGGAUGUCUACCACGAGCCAAAUGCCUUCGUCACUAAGCCUGCCUGCAGAGCAUUGUGGGACUACGAGGGCAUCAAUGACCAGGAGAUGACGUUUUGUCGUGGCGCGUUUAUCACUAAUGUCGUCAAGGAGGAUUCUGGGUGGUGGAUAGGUGACUAUGGUGAUCAGAAGCAGAAACUUUUCCCCGCAAACUACUGCGAGGAGAUCAACUACAUUACGGAUGAGUCACCGGAAGAGGAGUCGCCAGAGAGCCAAGAGCGGGAGGGCAAAGUUCUUGGCGAUCUACAGAAAGGCUGUAUAGACGUCCAAGGCUGUGCAAUCGAAAUGCCUGCACCUAAAGGUGGCCAGAGGCAUCUCCUCAAAAUUCUAAAGCAUGGACAGGUUCUUCUCGAGGCAGCAGCCGAAUCCCAAGAGCAACUCAAUGAAUGGCUCGUGAAGUUACAAGAAGCAGCGGCGACUGCGCCAGAAGAGAAAGAAGUUCUGCGAAAACAGCAGUCCAUGAAACAGAACAUCGCACAAGAACUAUCAGACCUGAUCGUCUACUGUCAACCAGUACCCUUCGAUAUUGAGAAUCUAGGUAAUGGCAAGCAUUACGAGAUGUCGUCCUUUCCGGAGACCAAAGCAGAGCGAUACAUCAGCAGAAAAUACAGCAAAGAGUUUGUCAAGUAUCAUCGACGUCAGAUCAGCCGCGUUUACCCCAAGGGCAGUAGGAUAGACUCCUCCAACUACGACCCCGUAAUGUUGUGGAAUUGUGGCGUUCAGCUCUGCGCAAUGAACUUCCAGACGCCAGAUCGGUCAAUGCAACUUAAUCAUGGAAGAUUCCUCGAUAACGGCAGAUGCGGGUAUGUGUUAAUGCCAGAAAGCAUCAGACAAGAUGGCUUUUGUCCGUAUGACCGCGAGACGAGUGGAGUUGAACCGCUGACCCUUACGCUCACGGUGAUCGGAGCUCGCCAUCUUGUCAAGUCUGGCCGUGGGAUCGCUUCGCCGUUCGUUGAGGUCGAGAUUGUUGGCGCUCCGUAUGACUGCCACAAAUUCAGAACAGAAACAAAAGUUGAUAACGGCCUCAAUCCCCUAUGGUUCUCAACAUUUGAGGUGGAUAUCCUAAAUUCCCCGCUCGCCUACAUUCGAUUUGUUGUCUACGAUGAAGACAUGUUUGGUGAACCCAACUUCAUUGGGCAUGCGAUCUUUCCCAUGGGGAGUCUGCGCACAGGUUAUAGAUCUGUUCCUCUGAAAAAUUCGUUUAGUGAAGAUUACGAGAUGUCCUCACUGCUUGCGCAUAUCGAUGUUCGCAGUGCAAAGGGAGAUGACGAGAACUUGUACGCGUCCAUUCAAGGGUUGCGAGAUCGCGUCCAAGAGAUCUCCUCCCAGAUGCAAACCGAGGAACAGCGAGCCCGCGAAGCAAUGAGUCAGCUACAGAUACGCGAUGGGGGUCCUUUGUCGCUAGAAGCACAGGAAUACCGUGACAAGCACGCGCAUAACAUGGCGAGCCUUGGAAAACAGUUGCUCGAAAAACAGACGAAUCUUCAAAAGCUGCAAAAGGAGCGAGCGUCUAGGUACUGACGGCGUGACCUCAUCAGUCUCUAGCUUUGUGAUGCUUCAUUAAGGAGCACCAAACCACAAGACCAACCAGAAGAUCAAAGCCAAGAAAAUCGUAGCUCUGGCCAGUUCUCAACCUACUAAUUUACCACAGCUUGCCCAUUAAAAUUUUCUAGACCAUAGAUUUAUCACUUAUGAUCUUUAAGCCAGCCGAUCCGAUUUGCGUGACGCUUGGUUUUGUAGGCUAUGAAAACCCCAUGCAUGUGAAUUAAAUCCGUUUGAAGUAUGGUGAAAUUUAAUCCAUCCUACAAUAAAAUCGACUUGAUUAUAUUUCUACGAUAUCAAACAGUGCUGGGUAAGUUAUAUUUUUCAAAAUAAUGGGAGUUCUAAACAUUAAAAAAAAAAAAAAAACAGUGUCAUGCAAGCCGGAUUCACGAACUAUAAUCUUAUAUGGAUAGCUUAGCUUUGCCUCAGUACUCAACCUGCCACAUUUAGCCCAGCUGAUUAGGCUAAGUGGAGUUUGUAUCAAUCAGACAGAACAUUUCUUGCAAUGGCUAUCUUCCUAAAACGAUCAAGGUGGCUAGGGUAGUGUGUUGCACUGUAAAUGCAGUAGCCUGCUUAGCUGGCAGUUUUGUUAAGUUUCAUUGCAGUUUUUUAUCCAUGAAUAUGCGAAUUGUUCGUGGUUUGUUUUGUAUGGCUGUGCGAGAGGGAUGAGGCAAGUGUUAGGGGCACCCAGUAAAAACAUUUGUUUUUUCCCGCAUUCCCUGACUUUUUUCCUGGCCCCAUUUACACUUUCAGAAUAACCUCGCAUAUUCGCGGAUAAAAAACUGCUCUAAAACUCAACAUUACCCCAGCUACGCAGCCAAAAAUUCAGUUGGCUUGUGUUUGAGGUGUUAUCAUUAGUUUGUUAAUUGUUGAAGAAAUUAUUUAAUAUGAUUCACAUCAUGCCAGCCUUUAUGUAAACAGCGGCUGAAUAGCCAAGGAGAAACAAAUAGCAAUCAGCCAAGUUAAAAUACUCAGAUGUGCUUCUUUGUGUCCAAACCAGUGAGUUUACUCCAGCAAUGUUGGAAAAACAAAAAAGCAAUGUUGAAAUAAUCCAAUGUUGGACGUUGUUGCCAUUUGCACAUGCCCAUAAACAAUCCAUGGAAAUUUAUUUCUAUGCUGUUCUUCUUUUCCCCAAUGUUAAAGGUAGCAAUGGGUGGUUUCGUAUGAUGUAGGCAUUCAACUUGCAUGCUGACAUGUCUGACAGAUAGUCCAUUUUGGAAAAUUAUUGUGCCCGCAGGACAUAUCAAUGAGGACACACAAAUGAAGCGUGAGCCUCGGUUUCAGCCGAACCUUCCAAUAUCACCAUGCAUUUUUAGUCUGUCUCUACAGCAGGCAUAGCAGAAAACAAAACUGGGCUAUUAUCACAUUUCAAACAAGGAUGUUUGCAACUACAUGGGUUUAAACAACAGCAAGUAUAAGGCCCUAUUUUUGGAAGGCACCUUUUCACGAGCACAGAUUUGAAAUAACUUGUGUUCUGUAAAUACGGCCAUAUAUUAUAGCUGUAAUAAGAAGCUAUGUAAUGCUGGCUGGCAUUACCAAAUUUCCUGAGUUAUAAAUCGCUUAGGUGCAAUGAUUAUUUAUCCAUUCGUUAGUCUAUACCUUUUAGACCUAUAUUGUAAAAAAAAUAUAAAAUAUGCUUUUUUGAGCCAUAGAACUAAAAUUAUAAGAUUAUAGGACACUAGUCAUACUUUGUUUGUCAUUCCUCUGUUAGUAUUAUUUUGACAUUUUUUUUUCAGGAGAUGCCUGUGAAACAGUCAAAUUUUUAAAAUAUUAAAAGUUACCCAAUAAAAAGAUCCAUAUGUUUA